UUGACGUGUCGCGUGUCGGCACAAAUUCAAUAAUAGCACGCCAGUUCCUCGUGUUCUGGCGUCGAUGUAGUGUUUAUCAGGCCCCAGUUGCCACCACACUGGCACAGCAAAGCCACGAUAAUGGCCGGAGACCAGCAGCAAGAGGAAGCCAUGGCGGCAGAUCCUCUCCACGUCGUGGUGUUCCCAUGGCUGGCGUUCGGCCACCUCAUCCCGUUCCUCGAGCUCUCCAGGCGGCUGGCGGCGCGGGGCCACGCCGUCACCUUCGUCUCCACGCCGAGGAACGUCGCCAGGCUCCCGCCGGUGCCAGAGGGCCUGUCCGGCCUGGUCCGGACCGUUGCCCUGCCGCUGCCGGCGGUGGACGGGCUGCCGGAGGGCGCCGAGUCGACGGCCGACAUGUCGCCGGAGAAGGUCGAGCUCCUCAAGGCCGCCUUCGACGGCCUCGCCGCGCCCUUCGCCGACUUCCUCGCCGCCGCCUGCGCCGGCGGCCGGGAGCAAGCGUCGGGGUUCGGUAGGAGGCCGGACUGGGUCGUGCUCGACUUCGCGCACCACUGGCUCUGCCCCAUCGCUGAGCAACACCAGGUUCCUUGCGCGAUGUUCCAAAUCAUCACGGCGACGGGACUCGCGUACAUCGGCUCACGUCGCCAGAACGUCAGCCAUCCCCGCGUCACCGUCGAGGACUUCAUGCCCAUGCCGAGGUGGUUCCCCUCCCCACCUUCCCUCACCUUGCGCCGCCACGAGGCUGCCUGGUUCGCCGCCGCCGCCCAGCUCAACGCGUCCGGCCUCGCCGACACCGAGCGCUUGUGGCGGACCGAGGAGCGCUGCCGCCUUCUCGUGGUGCGCAGCUGCCCCGAGGUCGAGCAGCCCCGGGUGUUCCCAUUGCUCCAGGAGCUCAAUCGCAAGCCCGUCCUCCCCGCCGGCCUCCUGCUGCCCGAGGACGGUCUGCGUGAGACCGACGGUGGCCAUGGCGACGGCACCGGCGCCGUCGUCGCACGGUCCGGUGCCUUGCAAUGGCUCGACGAGCAGCCUCCGGGGAGCGUCCUGUACGUCGCGCUGGGCAGCGAGGCGCCGGUGACGGCGGCGAGCGUCCACGAGCUCGCCGUGGGGCUCGAGCUCUCCGGGGCGCGCUUCCUGUGGGCGCUCCGGGCGCCAAGCGCCGCCGCGGCUGGCACGCCGCUGCUGCCGGACGGGUUUGAAGCGCGCACUCGCCCGCGCGGCGUGGUGUGCGCAGGGUGGGUGCCGCAGGUGCGCGUGCUCGCGCACACCGCGGUAGGCGCGUUUCUGACGCACUCCGGCUGGGGCUCCGUGGCCGAGAGCCUUCGAUUCGGCCUCCCGCUGGUCAUGCUGCCAUUCAUGCUCGACCAAGGCCUCAUCGCGCGGAUGAUGGCGGCGCGGGGCGUCGGCGUGGAGGUGGCGCGGCGCGAUGACGACGGCUGGUUCAGCAGGGACGACGUCGCCGAGGCCGUGAGGCGCGUGAUGGUGGGGGAGGAGGGGAAGACGCUCGCGCGCAACGCCAUGAGGCUGCGGGAGGCGGUCGUCGGCGACGACGGUGGCCGGCAGGAGCGGUACGUCGACGAGCUCGUUGAAUGCUUCCAGAGGCACAGGUUCACCUAGUCGCGCAAGUGUUCCACGAGCUCGGCUCGUUGAAUGCCACUCAAUACAAUUGCAUUGCAUUGGUCUACGUACCAUUGGCUGAGAUUUAUUUUACUAUCAUAUGGUACAUUCGUACAUACGUAUUCAACAAAAUAACAGCUGUACCUCAUACCUUCUGAUCAACUGUAACAGUAUAUGCGUUACAAAUAGAUUUUUCGCUCUCCA